UAUAAUUCUUGUAGCCUGCGCAAUCAAACAGAAACUGGGCAAGACAUAAAGCCGAGCCGACGCCAUAUCGGGUUGAUACGGUCGCAUCCAAUUCCAUGUUCCCUCGGUGCGUUCUUUGCCUUCUCGUGAUGAAGAUGCAAACUUGGUGUCGCAAAACUGUUUCCUUCGCUUGUAACAAGUACGUGAUUGCUGGAUCAGUCGUCUCAAGGCCCGUUACCUCCUCCGCGACUCAUGCAGCCGUCUCGGACCCAGAUGCGUCAGAACCUGAGAGCUCGAAUGAACCUUGUGUCAUACAAUCCAAGGACCUUCUUCGCAGAAGCUCAGGUCCUGGGACUGGGCUUCACGUCCUCGACUUAUUCGAUCGCGGUAUGUUGCAGCCUGAUCGAGCUCUUUACAACAGCAUGCUCAGGAGAUGUACCCAGUUGAAGAAGCUCAAAGAGGGGAAGUUGGUCAGUGCCCACGUUCUCAAGUCGAUAUUCAAGCAUGAUAGGCUGCUCCAUAAUACAAUCCUCAAUAUGUAUGCCAAGUGCGGCCUCAUGGAUGAAGCUCGGCAGUUGUUCGAUGAAAUGCCCGUGAGGGAUGUGGUUACUUGGACUACUAUGAUAACUGGGUAUUCCCAGAACAACCAGUCUGAUGGGGCGGUUGCUUUGUUUCCGCAGAUGCUUUGGAUGGGUUUGCAGCCAAAUGAGUUUACAUUGUCAAGCCUUCUCAAGGCUCUUGGGUUCUGGCCUAGCGAUGAGUGCGGUAGGCAGCUUCAUGCCUAUUGUUUGAAAUAUGGAUAUUGCUCGAAUCUUUAUGUUGGUAGUGCUUUGGUUGACAUGUAUGUUAGGCAUGACCGGAUUGACAAAGCCCAGUCAAUUUUCUGUCUGCUAGUGAACAAGAAUGAGGUAUCGUGGAAUGCUUUGAUUGCUGGAUAUGCUAGGAAAGGCGAGGGCGAGCGCGCUCUUUUUAUGCUCCAGGAGAUGCUGAGGGCUGGUUUCGAACCCACUCAUUUCACGUACUCCAGUGCGUUUGGUGCCUUAUCGGCUACCGGAUCUUUGGAGCAGGGAAAAUGGGUUCAUGCACAUAUGAUCAAAUCAGGGGGUCAGCUUAUUGAAUUUGUGGGAAAUGCUCUCCUCGACAUGUAUGCGAAGUCCGGUAGCAUUGAGGAUGCUGAAAAAGUUUUUUAUAGGUUGUUGAGACAGGAUUUAGUUUCUUGGAAUUCACUGCUCACUGGAUAUGCUAAACAUGGGCGUGGGAGGGAAUGUGUGAGCAAAUUUGAAGAAAUGCGGAGGAUAGGAAUUCAACCGAAUAACAUAACCUUCCUCUGUGUUCUGAAUGCUUGUAGUCAUGCUGGACUUUUGGACGAAGGGCAGUACUAUUUCCAUUUGAUGAAGAAAUAUAAUGUGGAGGCACGCAUUGUGCAUCAUGUGACGAUAGUUGAUCUUCUGGGUCGAGCGGGUCUUUUGGAUCGAGCGAAAAAGUUCAUAGAGGAGAUGCCUAUUGAACCUACUGCGGAAAUUUGGGGGGCAUUGCUUGGUGCUUGUAGGAUGCAUAAAGACAUGAAGUUGGGUGCAUAUGCGGCGGAGCGGGUUUUCGAGCUCAAUCCCAAUGAUUCGGGGCCCCUCGUGUUGUUGUCUAACAUAUAUGCCUCAGCGGGUAGAUGGGGCGAUGUGGUUAAAGUGAGAAGGAUGAUGCAGAAGAGUGGGGUGAAAAAGGAGCCCGCAUGUAGUUGGGUGGAUAUUGAGAACAAGGUCCAUAUGUUUGUGGCUAAUGAUGAUUCUCAUCCACAUGGAAAAGAAAUCCGAAAGAUGUGGGAAGAAGUCAGUGCAAAGAUCAAGGAGAUGGGUUAUGUUCCAGACACUAGCCAUGUGCUUUUCUUUGCGGACGAACAAGAGAGGGAAUCGAGAUUGCAACACCAUAGUGAGAAGCUUGCUCUGGCAUUUGCAAUUCUAAGUACACCCCCUGGAUCUACCAUCCGGAUCAAGAAGAACAUCAGAGUUUGUGGUGAUUGUCACUCAGCAUUUAAGUUGGCAUCUAAGGUGUUGGAUAGAGAAAUCAUCCUUAGAGAUACCAAUAGAUUUCAUCAUUUCCAUGAUGGCUCCUGUUCUUGUGGGGACUAUUGGUAAUGCAAGCUAGAAUGCAUAACCCUAUAAGGUUGACUGGUUAUUAGUGAUUCUAUUGCUUACUUACCUGCUGCUUUCAUCGGCCAUAAAUUCGAAUCAAUGGCUUCGCCUGCUUGGCGCGCCCCCAAGCAGGUGUUUUGCCCUGCAAUAGUUGUAAUGAAGGGUCUGGGGAGUUGGUGGAAUAAGAGAGCCCCCUUAGGCAGCUCCAAAAAAGAAGGUCGGCAUGUGGAAAUGUUGGAUUUUUUAAGGACCAAGGCUAUGGUGAAUCUUGGAAAGCCAGAGAGUAGAGUUUUUGCGAUUGUGGUAAUCAAUCAGCCCACCAACUAUUUAUUGAGCUUUGUGAUAUGGCAGCAAAGAAAAGGAUUAUCAGCCUGGUUGCAUGGUAUGUUGAUUGUCAUCUUGGAUCAAGCGAUAGUCCAUUUUGCAUCAAUAUCUAAGGGAUUCUUUGGUUUGGGCCGAUGAAGCUUCAACAGGAAACACACAAGGUUAGGAUGGUAUCCCGAUUGAUGGUUUGCAUGCUCAUUGCAGAUACAAAAGUUAUAGCUUGUGCAUGCUCAUACCGAACUUAGAUUUUAUACGUCUGGAUUGACUUGAAUCUCAGUUGAGAGCCUAUUCUUUUGUUAAUUUUUGUUCACUCAGACAAGGCGAUCAAGUGGUGAAGCUUGAUAUGAAGCAGAAGACGAUUCUCAUGCUAGAAAAGCAUGGUCUUUUCUAUCAAAGGCAUGAAUCAAUCCAAAGGAAAUCAUAAGUGAAGAUUGGGUUGAAAGCGGAUAACAAGGAAGCAAGGAGCAACCUUCUGAGGUUGGCCAGACGUAUGCCCAUUUAGUUGCCAUUAGAAUUAGCAACUCUUUUUUGUUAAUUGCCCAUGUCAAAUGGACAGCUUUCCCAUGUCAAUGGACAGUGUUCACGCAUAUCACAGAGUAGGCAUUCAAAUGUCGAAUUUGACGGAACUGAGGCCUCGCAAGCUGCAUGUUGUUUCAAGGUUCAAGGUUGAACGGUACUGAAUCUCCCUAGGUCAAAUUUAGGUGCCCGAUAGGAAAUGUGUCUUCUGCAUCAUGUGAGACAGUGGGUGAUGUAUCUUGUAUCUCGUUCAGUUUCAAUUUUGAUCCGCUUCAUUGUUCAGCAGUGUAAAA